AAGUCAGUGGUGUUGCCCGAUGGCGCCCACUCGGAGAGUGCGUCAAGUCUUCAGCUGUGUGGCGUGUUUAGCCCUGCUAUCAUGGGGCGGCGUGGGCUUUCUCGCUUCGCACCAUCAGCGGCAACUUCGAAAUUUCGGAAACGAACAGGAGGAAGCAACGUUCAACUGGGCGAAUACUUCUGUGCAUGAUGAGAGUCCUCCUCAACGACUGAAAAGAUUUCUUACGAAUCCCACCGUGUCCUGUAAAAAGUUGCGGAAAGUCGGGGGUAGAUCCUGCCUUGGAGCUUCCGACGGCGCCAAGUUGGUGUGCUUGGACGAGGGAGUGGCGCCGACGGCUCGGAACUGCCUCGUGUAUUCGUUCGGGGUCGGCAACGACUUCAGUUUCGAUGAGCAGAUGCAGGAUUUCGGCUGCGAGGUCCAUGCCUUCGAUCACGACGCAGACCAUGAAAUAUACGACUACAGGAUCGGCCCGAGCGUCUUCUUCCACAAAGCAAGAAUCGGCUUUAAGACGGGAUUUUUCAAGUCAGUGAUUCACACACUCUCUCUCUCUCGGUAUGUGUGUGUGUGUGUAUGAUAGAAGAGAGAGAGAGAGAGGGGGGGGGGAGUUAGAGUAACAAAAAUAAAAACAAUGUCAUCUGCAUUUCGUUUAUUGUCAUCCAUUGUUGUUAUUGUCACCAUAAUCAUUAUAAUCAGAUUUUUUUUUAACAUUCUAUCUAUAUUAUUAUCUAAUUAUUAUUAUAAAUCAUCAUAAAUCUUCAUCAGCAUUAUCAGCAGCAUCCCCAUCAUCUCAUCAUCAUUGUCUUCAUCAACGCCACCAUCAUCGCAUCAUCAUCAGUAUUGUUACUAAUAGCAUUAGCAUUCCUGUUACGAGUAAUAUUUUCCCCAUAAACAGGUUCUGCACAGAGAAUCCGUCCGGGGUUGAGUGCGAUCCCUUAAUCCGGUACAAAACAUUCAAGGACAUCCAGAGGUAAGCGAUAAAUACAGUCUCAUGUACCAUUUCUGGUCCAGAGUAGCUGGACUAUUGGAAAGGGCACCUUUUACUUUGCAAUUUAUAUCUUCAUUGUUUAUGACUUGAUCUACCCUUUAUUUUUAUUUAUUUAUUUAUUUUGCCAGGAAAGUAUGUAGCAAUUGAUCGGGCUGGAAGACAUGAUCAAGUUGGUUAUGAGAUGUCUGUUAGUCUUAAUGGUUCAGCAGGGGAUUUUAGCUGGGAGAAUAGUUUCCCCAGGGACUCUGCUAGGUCCCAAAGAAUGAUGAUUUCUGGCUCAUGGUAUCGGCGAGCUCCAACCCACACGGCUGGACAUGGUCCAGUGAUACAGGUGGUACUGUGGUUAAAGAGAUUGAUCGCAUCCUUACUCACAGGAGAAUUCUUCCUCCAGAGCUGCAGGGCUUACCAAAGUGCCAAGUUUAUGGCUACUCUUCAGGUCCACUUCAGAAAGGUUUUUUUCCAGUGUGCACCCUAGGUUGUUUCAUUUGGAUAAAUUGAGGAAGGUGGAAUGUGUCCGAAGGUUCGCCAUAGCUAUCUGAUCGAUUCCCAGCAUUCGACAGCUUAAUGGACCCUAUCAGAUUCCUUGAAACAUGAAACACUUGAUAUAGCACAGGAAUCUAUUGGUGAACACCCGAGAAUGGUAAUCAGACCAGGAAGCCAGUAGGACUGGACAUGCAACAGGAACCAUGAACUCAGUCAACAAAAGUAUUGAGAGAUGCUGACACGUGUGCAAAAGGACCAAGCUACAUGUUUGCAAGGCCCUGCUACUGCCAGGUUUGCUUUACGAAAGGGAAACUUGGAAGUUGUCUUGUGCAUUGGAGUCUCGUCUUAAUGCCCUUUGUAACGGGUUCUUGCUCUGGAUCAUGGGAUACUGUUGACACGACCAUGUGCCCAACUGCUGUUUACACUGUGAAACCGCCAUAAUUCGGGACCGCCAACUCAGGCUAUACUGGAUGAACCUGCCUGUCAGAUUCUCUUCCUGAGACAUCCCUAGGGGAAGAAGGCUAGUAGGACCGCCUAGGAAGUAGUGGCUUAGAUUGAUCAGACCUGUCGCGAGAUGUUAGAGAUAGGCCAAGGGCCUAUGAGGAUCCUUCGCUGCUUGAAGCGAAGGGUGGCUGGAAGCAGAUGCGUCUAUGAUGCCCUUCUCAAGAUCUGCUUUUUUUUUUUUUUUUUUUUUUUUUUUUUU